AUGCCAGUCACAGUAGCAUCAACAGCAAAGCUCCCAAUCUCUGCACUCCCACUCCCGCCCAAGUCCCACAUCCUCACGCACAAUCUCACUCCCGAUCCUAGGACUGGUCACUCAGCAAGGGAGUUCCGGGAUGUCUUGAUUAACUCUCCGAGCGUGCAGCGUAGAGCACGCUUGGUCGACCCGUCCGCUCACUUUUCUCGUGUUACGCCGAUGAACCUGCCUUUUCCUUACCGCAUACAGGCUCCAGAGAACGAAACUAUAGAAGAUCAGGAGGAGUUUGUAGAGCGUUGGUUGAGCGUACAUGAACCCUUAGAUGAACGAUCUACUGCCGCUGCAGCUCAGUCCAUUGAGGCGAAGAGUAAUCUAAAGAAAUAUUCGCGGGACAAGCGAGAGGUCAAACGGGAGCUCAUUGCACUUUCGGAUUCGUGUCUCCGAGACUGUGUCCCUCAGUUGGAUGUCGGAGAUGCUUUCAUACAGCUCAGUACUCCUAGUUUGAGUGCUGGAGAGGAAGACGGAGAUUCAGGAAGUCAAGUGUCUGUAGAGCAGAAGGCCGUUCGAGAAGAGCUUGUAGAUAUUCUUACUGGUCACUCGGUUCUUAUGUCUACGGACGAAAACUCGGAAGUGCCAUACACACCAUGGUCGCUUCGUUACAGUGGUCAUCAGUUCGGAAAUUGGGCAGGCCAACUAGGAGAUGGUCGCGCCAUUUCAAUCCUGGAAGUUCCCAACCCGUCCGAUCCUGAGAAAAUAUACGAGCUGCAGCUAAAAGGUGCAGGACGAACUCCCUAUUCCCGAUCUGCCGAUGGUCUUGCCGUACUCCGAUCGUCUAUCAGAGAAUAUCUCUGCAGUGAAGCGAUGCAUGCCUUAAGAAUCCCCACGACACGCGCCUUCGCAUUAAUACAUCUCGAAGACUUACCCGUCAUGCGCGAAACAGUCGAGACCGCAUGCGUACUAACACGCGUUGCACCAUCGUUCCUGCGAGUCGGGUCUUUCGAAGCACUUAACCCACCUCGUAAUGUUUUCUUUCUCGGUGGUGGGCAACAGCCUGCUAACUUUGACGCACUGAGCAUCCUCGGCGAGUGGGUUGUCCGCCGUGUACUUCGUCUGGGACUCGAAGAGCGUGCGCCGUGGGGGAAGGCGCUGCUUAUGGAGACUGCGCGCCGGAACGCGAAGAUGGUUGCGGCGUGGCAGGCUUAUGGGUUUAUGCAUGGUGUGAUCAAUACUGACAAUGUUUCGAUCAUGGGACUCACUAUCGACUAUGGGCCAUAUGCAUUUAUGGACAUAUUCAGCGCAGGUCACAUAUGCAACCACUCUGAUGAGGAGGGACGAUAUGCCUACAAGUAUCAGCCAACAAUGAUUCUAUAUGCACUCCGUGCACUCUUGAACGCACUUUCUCCGCUUAUAGGAGCCGAGGCUGAGCUUGGUACGGCUGUGAAAGCUGGCUGGGCUGACGGAGUAUCUCAAGAAAAGAUUGACGAAUGGGCGAAGACAGGUCUCGAGCUCGAGGGUGAGAUGGUAGCUGAGACGCAGGCUGUUAUGGAGAUAGAGCAUUGGGCGUUGUUCAGAAAACGCCUUGGACUCCGAACAGAAGACUCAUCAGAUCCCGACGCGCUUAUCCGCCCACUUCUGACUCUCCUCGAAAGGCAUAAAUUAGAUUUCCACUCGACGUUCCGUCGACUCUGUGCUUUCCGACCUGCGCUCUUAGCUUCGGAUAGACCGGAUGAGUUGAAGGCUUUCAUCGCGUCUGUGGCCGCGAACUCGCAUGAAACGAACGCGGAUGAUGUGGAGUUUACGAGAGAUUGGUGUGAGUGGCUUGCGAAGUAUGCGGAGAGGGUUGAAGGUGAGGUGGAUAAGGGCGUGUGGGCUUCGUCUUUGCCAAACGGAGGAACAAACGGGGAUGCGAAUGCGAAUGGUACAGUGAAUAGAGAUGGCAAGAACGUGAAAGAUGUUUGGAAGAUCCGAGAAGAAGAGAUGCGUCUCACGAAUCCGCGUUUCGUACUCCGUCAAUGGGUAUUGGAGGAGGUCAUUAAGCGAGUGCAGGACGAUGUGUCGAGUGGGAAACGCGCACUUGCGAAGGUUCAUCAGAUGGCAACUCACCCAUUCGAUCCAUGGGGUGCAGAAGGCGAAGACGAAUCCAAGUCUACGUCUAGUUUGAGCGCGGAAGAAAAGGAAGAGCGGAGGUUCUGUGGACUUGGGGCAAAGAAAUUUGUUGGGUUCCAGUGUAGCUGCUCAAGUUAGAAGAUUUUCUUUCUCUUUGCUUGACUACACAGUUAUAUAAAGUAGAUAUGCUUGCUAAGGACGUUUAGUAAAGUUAUGUUGUAAUGUGAAAGC